UCCCCCUCACCCGCUGGGAUAACGGGACCAGCAGGCAGGGAAGGGAGGCUGCAAGUUGUAGAUACUGCAUAAAGAAGCUCUUUCUGCACAGCACAUGGUAAUUGUGCACACAAAAGGGACUGCAGCCCAGCAGCUGGCACACUCUAUCAGCAGACAAUAGGGGAGAAAGAAUUGCUGCUUGUGCUGGAAACAGCGAUAUGAAACAUGACUGAGAUAAAAAUAUGAUAAAGAGUGACUCUCAGGUUGAGACAUCAUCUGUAUAAAUAGCACUUUUUAUGUUCAUCACAAAUCUUAUUCGAAUGGAAAGGAUUAUGGGAGUACAGUGUAGGGACAGAAACACAGCUGGGUUUCUGUUGAAUCAGGACAUAUUUGUUCCAAAGGCUGCUAUCUUCUCACCAACACAUUUACUAAAACUGCUUAUACUCUGCUGGACUGUUGAUUUUCUAUAAAGAAAACAAAAUUUCUUCUCCAUUUAAUCAUAGAGAAUUGAAAAUGGAAAAUUUGAAUGCAAAAGUAUGGCAUGCAACUUUGAAUUUAUUUCUUUUUACAUAUUCAUAAGUUAUUAAAUCUGAUUUAUUUAUUGUGCAAGUUGUAUUUUCUUAAAAUGGCCUUAGAAGCCCAUAGCGCCCAGGCUUUUAUAGUCACAUAUCACUCAGAAGGCGAUCACCAAAAAUGCGAAGAGGAACCAGCUGAAAGAAUUGAUCAUUACAGGUCACUAAGUCUGCCAGUCUUAAAUGGGUGUUGUAAAACGAAUUUUGAAGAACAAGAGUCAAAAGUGGUAGACACAACUAAAACAAACAUUAUUUGGGGGAAACAAAGUGUUUUGCACAGUUUUCAAGGAGAGCACGAUCUAAGAAGCGGAGUUUCUAAGGAAGUAUCAUCUCAGAGAAUUGCACCAUCUAGAACAGCCUUUUCCUUGUCAGUAUCUAGCUGUAUAGGUGCUGGAAACACAGAUAAAGCAGACGGUAGUAGCAGUACUAGAAAAGGAAUUUCGCAGUCAUCCACAUUAUCUACGCUAAGAAGUAGUAAAGGCUUAGGCCUAGCACUGAAAGAUUCACGAUGCUUUCUUGUUUGCAUGUGUUUUUUGACUUUCAUUCAAUCCUUAAUGGUUUCUGGUUAUUUAAGUAGUGUGAUUACCACUAUUGAGAAAAGGUAUAGUUUGAAGAGCUCAGAAUCUGGGCUGUUGGUGAGCUGCUUUGACAUUGGCAGUCUUAUGGUGGUCGUGUUCAUCAGUUACUUUGGAGGUCGCGGGCGAAGACCAAGAUGGCUUGCAAUCGGGGGCCUGCUCAUAGCUCUUGGAGCAGCUAUUUUUUCUUUACCACACUUCAUUUCUCCAUCAUAUCAAAUUCAGGAGCUGAAUUCAUCUGUUUCAAAUGAAGGGUUGUGUAUGAAUGGUAACUCUACGGGCAAAGACCCUAUGGAUUCAUCAUUUUGCCCCAGAGAGUCAGGUGGAAAAGAUCACUCCCUUUACGUAGCUUUAUUCGUCUGUGCACAAAUACUUAUUGGCAUGGGUUCUACACCUAUCUACACCCUUGGACCAACUUACUUAGAUGACAACGUGAAGAAAGAAAAUGCAUCAUUAUACUUAGCAAUCAUGUACGUCAUGGGAGCGCUUGGGCCUGCUGCAGGCUAUUUGUUAGGAGGGGUUCUUAUUGGUUUUUAUGUAGAUCCGAGAACCAUUAUCCAUAUCGAGCAGAGUGAUCCACGUUUCAUUGGGAACUGGUGGAGUGGAUUUCUCCUUUGUGCCAUGGCAAUGCUACUUGUUAUCCCAAUGUUUACUUUUCCCAAAAAACUUCCACCUCGACAGAAGAAGAAAAAGAAAAAGAAAUCAAAUUCUUAUGACGUUUCCAGUGAUGAUGAUGUAAUGAAAGAGAAGUCUACAAACCAGAAAAUAGCAGAAACAGGUGCUGCCCCAUCUAUUGGAUUUGGACAGAAUUUUAAAGACCUUCCAAGAGCAGCAAUCAGAAUUUUAAGCAACAUGACAUUCCUUUUUGUGAGUUUGUCAUACACAGCUGAGAGCGCCAUUGUCACCGCUUUUAUAACCUUCAUUCCCAAGUUCAUCGAGUCACAGUUUGGCAUCCCAGCAUCUAGUGCCAGCAUCUACACUGGUCUGAUAAUUGUCCCAAGUGCUGGUGUUGGUAUUGUCUUAGGUGGUUAUAUAAUCAAGAAGCUGAAACUUGGUGCUAGAGAAUCUGCAAAGUUAGCCAUGAUCUGCUGUGGCGUAUCACUCUUGUGCUUUUCAACACUUUUCAUCGUUGGAUGUGAAAGUAUUAAUCUUGGUGGUAUUAACAUACCAUACACCACUGGUCCCACACUAACCAUGACACACAGGAAUCUAACAGGUGGAUGUAAUGUUAACUGUGGUUGUAAAAUCCAUGAAUAUGAGCCAGUGUGUGGAUCAGAUGGAAUUACAUAUUUCAAUCCAUGUCUCGCUGGGUGCAUCAAUGUCGGAAAUCAUAGCAUAGCAUUAAGAAACUACACUGAAUGUGCCUGUGUCCAAAGCCGUCAAGUUAUCAGCCCUCCAACUGUGGGACAACGCAGCCAACUUCGAGUAGUUAUUGUCAAAACUUAUUUAAAUGAGAAUGGCUAUGCUGUGUCUGGGAAAUGUGACCGAACAUGCAAUACACUCAUUCCAUUUUUAAUAUUCCUUUUCAUUGUCACCCUUAUUACUGCGUGCGCUCAACCCUCGGCAAUCAUAGUGACACUAAGGUCAGUUGAGGAAAGAGAAAGGCCUUUUGCAUUAGGAAUGCAGUUUGUUUUGCUAAGGACGCUUGCGUACAUUCCCACUCCAAUCUACUUUGGGGCUGUCAUCGAUACGACAUGUAUGCUUUGGCAGCAGGAUUGUGGUGUGCAAGGUUCCUGCUGGGAAUACAAUGUCACUUCAUUUCGUUUUGUUUAUUUUGGUUUGGCAGCUGGCCUGAAAUUUGUUGGAUUUAUUUUUAUAUUUUUGGCAUGGUAUUCUAUAAAACACAAAGAAGAUCAGAUGCAGAGAAGAAGGUGGCGAGCGUCUCCAAUAAGCACAGUGAGUGAGAUGAUUGGGCAUGCAAGGACCGAGCAGAAUUAUGCGCGAACAAGAUCCUGCCCUGCGUUUGGAAUAAAAGACGAACAAAAUGAGAAUUUGAACCUUGACAGAGGAAUAAACCACAUAGCACAAACCUACCCAGGACCCUUCCUUGAAGCAAUAAAUUCAUCAUUUGAAAAUUCUCAAGAAGAAACCCCAGCAGAAUCAUAAAUCAGAGAAUCCAUUUAACUGGAAGAAAAUUUGUUGUUUGAGUUGAAUAUGGUAUAUUGUGCAGCAUAUAUGUGCCUUUUUAUGAACUGAACAGUAUACAUGAAAUCACAUUUUAAUCAGUAGCUACAGGGUGAUUGAGGGCUGGCUACCUCAACAUUUAUUCUACUUAUCUCCAAAUCUGGAGUUUUUAAAUGUUAAUAAGAUCUCCAUAUGUGCUCCUGAUGUAUGUACUAUGCUUCUGUGCAAUAGCUGGCUGAGGUCUUAAGUGCAGCAAGCAUUCAGGAAAUAAAAAAAACAUAGAACUAGUAUUUAUGCUUUAUAGUGAGCAAUUGCAGUCCUUAAGAGCUACCAACAUUCCAGAUUUUAGACAUAAUCCUAGGAGACCAAGGAUUUCUCUUUUAGUGGUAGACAAAUGUUAUACCAAUUCUGCAGAAAUGUUCUACCGCUUCAAUUUUACUAUAGAACUAAUGUUAAAUUUGCUCAAAAAAAUAAAAAUAAUGAAAUUAACAUUCAAAUGUUUAUUCUCAUUGGGGUCAAUGUAUCAAGCUCCGUACGGAGCUUGAUGCCCCGUGUUUCCGGCGAGCCUUCAGGCUUUCCGGAAACAGAAGUUAAGAAGCAGCGGUCUAAAGACCGCUGCUCCAUAACCUGCCCAUCUGCUCUGAGGCGGCGGACAGAAAUCAACUCGAUCGAAUACGACUGGGUUGAUUGACACCCCUGCUAGCAGCCGAUUGGCCAUGAAUCUGCAGGGGGCCGUAUUGCACCAGCAGUUCACAAGAACUGCUGGUGCAAUGAUAUAUGCGGACAGCUUAUGUUGUCGGCAUUUAUCGAUGUGCAGCGGACAUGAUACGCUACAUCGUAUCAUGUCCGCUCGUACUAUAAUAAAUUGACCCCAUAGAAUUAAAUUAAAGUCUAUAGAAAUGAACAUUCUACUGGACAAUUUCAGUAUUUUUGUUUUUUACCUCUUUACAAGCUUAGCAUUCGAUUUAGCAAAAUAUAGCAAUCAGUUGUAGAAAAUGAAUGUCAGACAUUCAGGAAAAGUUCAACAUUAAUUUUGACCAAACAACUUAGGUAAAUAUUUAUUUUAAUGAAUGUGCUGAAACAUUCGUCCACCCGUGUUUUCAACUCCAUACAUCAGGGUUUUCUAAUAGGACGGAUUUUAAGGAUAUACAAUUGAUGAUCUGAUUGACUGAAUCACUUAUUAAACCAUUUUGCUUGCGCACAGACAUCCUUAAAAGCUGGCCUUUUAGUUGUUCUUGACUGGGUUUGAGAAAGUAUUUUCAGCCACAGAUGGGCCAAUUAGAACGGGUCAGCCACUAAUUUACCCACCUGUCCUGGAUUAUUUGUACCUCUUUGGGACUGGUAUUUACACUGAAUCGGAAUGCUUGGUAUUUAUUUGGGGUAAACUACACCAAUUAUAUCUGUUGGAAGUGAACAUAUUAUAUUAACUUUACUGUGAGAUAUGCUACUAAGCACAACUGAUUUAGCCUAAACUAUGCAACUAAGCUGUAGAAUUCUGCAUUUGAAGCAUGUUAAAAAAACAUAGUAUAUAAUAUUAUGCUAUAAUGUAGACCAUAUAAUUAUCUUAAUGUACUGUUAAAGCCAUAGCAAAGCUGUACAUCAGGUAAGGUUUAGAAAAAUACAUAUAAAAGAUUUUAUGUAAAGCAUUUUACAGAUACAUGCAGCAAUUUUAUAACUUAACUAAAGGCUGAAAAAUAAACAAGUGCAUUGAUGUCUUGAAAGUUAAAGUAUCACAAAUAAUAAAUAUUUAGGAAUAUUAACAGUAGCAUUUUGUACUUGGUGCUCAGAUACAAUAUAUAAAUUUCACAUACAUUUAUCGCUGAUGUUGAUUAGUCUAUAAUAUAUGCAUAUAUGUGUACACAUAUUACAUUUUGUUGUGCUGACCACAGCAUAAAUAUACUUAAAAGUGUACUGUUAAGUUUGCAAGCACUAAUAUAUGGGAAACACUCACAAACACACACAUAUAUAGUUUUUCACCGAUUUAGAGCAAUUUACAGAUUUUAUCACCACCACCGUUUUGAUUUUUUCACAAUACAGUUGCAGUUUCAGUAGGGUCCCUGAUUCUCUAGAAUUCUCUAGCUUGGAGUAAAAUAUCAUGCUGACUCCUGCAUGGGCAGACCUCACUCUAUACUCUAAAAUAGGGGGCGGAGCCUAAUGAGUGGCAAGCUUCCGCCUAUAGAAAGCAACAAAACUUUCAGGAGUGCAGAAUCUCUCAGUGAAGAGUGAAGGUUACAGGGAACACCUGGCACUAAUAACGUUUUUGAAGCAAAUACAAAUCAAAUUGUGAUGUUUUCAAGGUACUUUAACUUGCAUUUGAGACAUAAAAUAGCAUGGAGUAAGAUGCUUCUGAGAAUACAACAAAACCUGUAAGAAAACUUCAUACCCAAGGAAUGCCCUUGUUCGGCUCACUUGCCAGGAGUUGAAAACUUAUUUUACAAUAGAAAAAUAAAGUACACUUUAAAUUGUAAAAGUUUAAUUUUGACUAGACUGUCCCUUUAAAUAGUAUUUUACUGUGUAUAUUAAAUACAAUUUUUUCCUGUUUUUUUAAAGGAAGAAUUCAGCUGCGUAAUUUAAAUUUGUAUUUUUCUGAAUAGUUUUAACAUGAUUUUUUUAUAACAUAUUUUUUAUUGACGUUUGAAUACAUGCAUCAUUAAAUAUUUUACGGUUACAAACUUUUCAUGUCUCAAAAUAUACAGAUGUGACGAAGUCGCAAAAGUAUUGUAAAAUAUAACAAUCCCAAAAAAUUGUUGUUGUAGAGCUGUGGCAGACUCCAGCUACCCAGACUGGGUAGCUCUGCCUGAUGAUCCUUUCUCUGCCUGGAACAGGCUGCUAUGUAGGCCAGGAAAGUGAUUUUAGCUGGAGCCAACCCAAAUAACUAGACAGACUAGCAUUCAGGUUAAACAAAAACUGACUUUAUUGUAAAACAUAAACUCCUUUUAUACACACAGCUCAUCUUGAUAACACAAAGGACAAUCCCACAAUUUUCCCACCAUUCCCGCCCCUCCAGACUGACCGGCGCCUCCAUAGGAGCCACAGUCCCACAUAAUCUCAAUUCCUAGGGGUGGCGGUUUCGUGGUGUCAUUUUAAAGCUCUUGAUCCCCAGGUGCCACAGUCCAAAAAUCAGCAUGAUUCGUUACUGGGGACCGGAGUUGCAGUCCGUUAAAGUUAUGGGGUUAGGGGUGUCCAAAACCCCCAGUUCCCAAAGGAGCUCCCCUCUGAUAAUUCUCCCACCUCUUGUCCUCCCUAGGGGCUACUAAUCCCCAAAAGUUAGCGGGUGUUCUGCUGUCCUGUGGCCGACCGGGAGGUCCAGGAGCCUGGCUAGCCUGAGAGGGGUUAGGUGGGUGUCCGUUGUGAGGCGGCCGACCUGGAGUUGCAGGACCCCGUCCAGCCAAGGAGGGUUUUCCUGGUCAUUAUCCAACUCUUCUCUGAACACAAAAACAAGCCAAAAAAAAACCAAACAGCUUCCAGAGAUGUUGGUUGCUCUGAGGAGCCCAAAACCACUGAGAAACACCAGGGGUGAGGUUGUAGGGGGGUGGGGGGUAGCCAUAGCCGUCUGGUAUCCAUGACAAAACAGUAAAUAGAUUGUUAUCCCUACGUAGUAAGCCGGGGCCACUCAUGGACCCUUAACAUGUUACUUUAAACUGGGAGGGAGUUCAAGGGGUUUUAAUAUGAUUUUUAUGGCAUAUUACUAAUAUGAUUUUUAUGGCAUAUAACUAAUAUGAUUUUUAUGGCAUAUAACUAAUAUGAUUUUUAUGGCAUAUUACUAAUAUGAUUUUUAAUGCUUACUUUGAUUAGGGUUUUUACUUUGCAUUUACUAUAUUGAACACUAUAAUUAAUUGUACGUGUUUAUCCUUUGCAUACACAGCUAUCAAGUGAAAAUUUGCUUUUAGAGAAUCAAAUGGAGCACUCUGAUCUUUUUCAGAGGAUCUCACCUGAGCAGAGGGUUUUAGAGAAUCGGGCCCUAGGUGAGAUGUGGUUAGUUUGUAAAUGUUUUAGUCCUUUUUCAUUUAGCUAAAAGUAAGUAACAAAGAGCUUAUUAUUUCCUGUUAACAAGUGGAAUCAUGUAGUUCAUUUUUUUUACAACAAGUUAACCCUGUGCUGUCUCUCUUCUAUUACACACACAUAAAAUAUAUCACAUAUACACACACAGCACCAUACAAUCUGCGAGCACUCACGCUAGUAAUUAUGCAAAAUGGCAGUAUGCCUUUAUCAUAUUAACCAUUAUUGUGUAAUGUAAAUUGUGGCUUUAAUUUUGCAUGACUGUUUGCAUCUCUGAUUGGAUGAGGCGGCAGAGAUGCCAGAUUGCUUUAGCUACAGCCUAUAAUCAUGCAUGUGAAUUUCAGUUACCAAACUGCAACUUUAUUUACAAAAUAGCAUUGACAUGUUAAGGGCCUACACAAAGAGUAGUAGUAUUACGGAGAAGAGGCCUUGUUAAGCUUCAAUAUAGUCUUACUGCUUUGCACAUGAACAUGGUAACUUCAUAGCAGUGAUUAGGUGGCAUCAAUAAGUUGCUCAGUGUUAAGAUAUAGUCUUAUAUUCUUUGAGCUGUGGUAUUGGCAUUACUUUCUAUUUAGAAAUAGUAGGUUGAUGAGAACUAUGCAGUGUUCCAUAGAUGAAUGUGCAAUCAUAUAAUCAAUAUAUAUGCUGGUUAUCCCUAAUUACUCCAAUCAGACCUUGCCCUUGUUUUACACAUGGAGCAUUCUUUCUGUGGACUGGACCAUGAGGCAAAUUAAAUUCUUGUUUUUGGAACCCUUUUGAUAUUUUUGGAACUGCAAUUUAUCACUUGAAAUAUGAGAUGAUACAGCUGCAUGAUGAGUUCAGUCCUUCAUUUUCCAUUUAAAGACUUUUGUAAAAGCUGCUGUGUUAUCAAUAACUUAAAGGGACAAAAAAACAAAACAUAUUUAACAUGCACAGCAAUGUUUUUUCAAACACUGGGGUCGAUCACAAUCCUUUAGGAAAGUGUUUCAAAUGAUUUAUCUAUAAACAGCUCCCUAGACUUUAAAGGGAUAGAAAGGUCAAAUUUGAAAUGUGCGUGGAUGCAUUUUAAUUUGAAAUAUAAGCAUUUUUUUCAAUAUACUUCUAUUAGAAAAAAUGCUUCUUAUAAAGGUUAUUACUGUUUUUCAGCGGCAUAUGCACAUUUCCUGUGAGGGCUGUGCACUACCAAUUGUGGCCUAGUUUCCAUUCAGGUGGUAAAGUGUGGAAACUCGUGGUAACAUAAAAAAUCUCCAUAGACUUUAAUGGAGACAAAUGUUUUUAUCACCAGUUUCCACAAUUUACCACCUCAAUGCAAACAAGGCCUGUGUGUGUGUGUUCCUCAUGCUUAUUCAUGCUUUUAUAUAAAUCACAUAUACCACCAUUAUCUUUGGUAGAUCAAAAAGACAUGAAAAAAGGGACUGGUUACAAAUGUAUGUUUUUGAGAAUUGGGGUAUUAAUGAUUUAGCACCCCAAUAGAAGUGUUUUACACUUGUAUAAUGGGCACAUAACUUGCUGCCAAUACAGUGGUAAGCUUAAUUACAUUCAGAGCAUGCAAGUCAGCUGAUAAGCAUACACGUGGCCUACUGCAGUACUUGCAACGGGUUGUGUUUUUACAAAAGCAAGUGUAUUAUAAAAUCACUUCUGGUCAUAAAUUAAAUGUACUAAUUGUCAAUACCACUUUUAUGUCCCUUUAAAGGGCCGUAAUACCCAAAUAUUUAAACACUUGAAAGUGAUGCAGCAUAGCUGUAAAAAGCUGACUAGAAACCUGAAUAUCUCUAUGUAAAAAAGAAAGAUAUUUUACCUCAAAAGUUCCUCUGUAGCCACAUCCCAUUGUAAAGGAUUUCUAAGCAGCAUAUUAGUAUGUCUGUCCUGGGACAGCUGAAAGGAUGAGCCUCGUGCACUCUCAUAUUAUUUCCCUAUUCAGAUUAGGGAAGUUUACAAUGAAAUCUCAUGAGAGUUAAGUUAAAUCUCAUGAGAUCACAGUAAAAGAGUUCAUGACCUCAGCACUGUUGAUGCUGAUUGGCUGCUGUUCAUUUCUUCAUUUUUUUAAAAAAUGUUUUACCUUCAGCUGGGAGCAAGUGAAGUAUAACUUUUUACACAGAACUUACUCUGCUGAGCUGAGGAGAUUGUGAGGUAAAAUAUCUUCCUUUUUUACAUAGAGAUGCUCAGGUGAUAUUUUCCUGUCAGCUUUUUACAGUUAUACUGCAUCAGUUUCAAGUGAUUUAGCAUAUGAGUAUUAUGUCCCUUUAAUGGGUUUUUAACUUUCUGGGAUUUUGUAAAUAUAUAGUUAAAAGGAUGCAAAACUUUUUUUUUUAUUUGCUAAAUAUCACAGACAAUAAUUCAACAUUCAGGAGACAUACUGCUGUAUAAAUACUAAUAUUGAAUGGAACUUUACAAUUCAAAGUUCUACUUUUUUUUAACUUAUACUGUAUUUUUAUAGGAUUUUUAUGUAAUUGUUCAAGAUUACUAUGGUCAAUCAGAACUCAAAGGUUAUUAUGUUGCACCAUAAUCAUGUUUGAUCAGAAUAUAUCUAGACUAAUCCCUUUUUUUCCUGCAUCCUUAGAAUAAUUUUGCAUGGAAAUGUCUUGUGUGCCCAUUUACCAUUUUAAAUAUAUAUCAUACUAAACGUUUGUUUAGACAUAUAUGAGGAAAUUAAUAUCCGUUAUGUUCUGUAAUAGUAUUUCACAUCUUCCAGUAUUCUGCAAGUAUAAGUGAAUGUUCAUUUUCAAUAACUGUAUAACAUACAGACCACAUUUAUUAACGUGUUAGAAAUAUGAAACAAGUACUGUAUCAAUGAACUAUUUAAAAAAAAAAAUUGAAAAAAAAAUGUACAGCUCAGCACUAAGACAUAAUAUGUUUUUUUUUUUUUUUUAAGUUAUGUGGAUAUUUAAUUAGAGAAUUUAACAUGAACUGACGUUUAAUGUAUAAACCAAAAGUAUGUUCAGUGGAUUUAUGUUGUAACAGGAACCAUAAUUUUGUUAAUGGAUUAAAAUGGCAUUUUUACAAAGAUUUUACCAAUAUCAAAAGCAAAUAUAAAUAUACACAAUUUUAACUAUACACACACACAAUGGACUGCUGUUUUGAUGUUAUAAAAUAAGAAGUGUGUAGCAUUAACAUGAUAAAUUAUAUAUAUAUAUAUAUAUAUAUAUAUAUAUAUAUAUAUAUAUAAAUAAAUAAACUUUAACCUGUUGAUGAUUAUAGGGUUAUGGACUGUAAACAUGCUAUUUUCUUAUUGUACACGCUUUGCCACCUUCAAGUAAACCUCAGUAUAUGUUGUGGUAUGCGUACCUUAUGCCUUUAUGGUUGAAUGUGUGUAAAUGCAAUAUAUGGCCUAAUCCGCUGAGUUCCUCUGUAAGGCCCAAUAAAUAUUUGAUAUCCUUUCAAGCCAUUGGAAACUCAGUACAAAAGACCAUGGUUGUUGACAAUUAAAUAGUAGUGGUAGUGUGUUGUUACUUUCGUAGUACAAUAGAAUGAUGCAGAAUUGAAUGCAGAACUCAUUAUGCCUUGUAUGGUUGUUUUUAAUCUAUAUUUAUUUCUACAGUGACCUUGAAGAAACUUAAGGUCAAAAAACUAUUUUGUUCAACUCAGUCUUUAUGAAAAUGUUUGUUUACAACCCUUUCGAUACGUGACAAUAAAAGAAACAAUCAAUCUAAA